CAUUAAAUUCAUGUAGCCUUGUAGGUUGGUAUUUUUUUGUGAAAUUAUUUUAUAAAUCAUACCUAUCUUACUGAGAAGAUUUUAGCCUUUCAAACUCAAGAGAACAAGCAUGAGAUGUAAUGAUCAGCAACACACAAAGUCAUAAUAAUAUCUGUUGCUAAUGUUACUUAGUGAAUCUAUAAACAUCCAAAUAUCUUACAAUGUUUUUGUUAAUAGUUUGGUAGAAUAUUACGCAUUAGGUUGUGCUACAGACAAUUGAAUUAUCUUUAAUCUGAUAAAAUUAAUGUUAUCAUUAAUUUCUAAAUAACUUUCAGUACUGUAGUGCAUGUGUCUGUGGCUUGUGGUUUGUGCCAUUAAAAUAUCAAUUAAUUUCUUGUUUCUUUGCAACUUAUUUGUGUCGUGCUGUGGUGUUCCUGACUGACAAUACGUGAAGUUGUUUUCCGUUACUUGAAGUAAAAAAUAAAAUUGCACUGGCCCGUGGGCAUCAUGGAGGCGGUGAUCACGGCCGUGUUCGUGCUGAGCAUCGUGGUGGUGCUGCUGCUCAUGCUGUGCCGCUGCUGCUCGCGCGACAGGUCCCGCGGGCAGGUCAUCACGCCGCCCGCGCCGCCCGGCACCGUGCCCGCGCCAUACCCGCAACAGCAGUAUUCCACUGUAGUGACGACGUACCCGGUGGCGCAAGCGCCGUACCCGGCGGCGCAAGCCCCGUAUCCGGCGGCGCAGGCCCCGUAUCCGGUGGCGCCGUACCCGGCGGCGCCGGUGGGUAUGCCGACGCCCGGCGCCGGCGCGCCGUACCCCACCGCCAUGCCCUACCCUCACCCGCAGCCGCAGCCGCAUGUCGCGCCGAGCGCGCCCGAUGCUAACGUUUUCUUUGGGAUGGCCCCGCCUGGAUGGAACACGCAAGCGCUGCCGCCAUCUUACGAGCAGGCGACGGGCGCGGAGUUCAAGCACGCCACGCCCUACAACCCGGGCUACUAGCUUCCCAUUAACUCAAGGGAUGUCGCCGGAUACCCACUAGUCGCCGCAUGCCUGUCUUUUUGAUACAUCAUAACUGCCAUUUUAGUGCGUCACUGCUGUCAAAAUGGGGCCUCGUAGCUGUCAAUUUGAGGCCUUAGGGCCUUGGCAGUCCGUAAUCGUCUUUUUGAUGUUUCUUCUUGAUCGUCGUUUUGACGCUUGAAAGCUGUCGUCGUGAGGCGUUAAUGAUCCGCAAUUUGUUUUCAAAUAUUUUUUACAUUGGUGCUGUGAAUAUACAGAUCAUUCCAUCAAUAUGAUCAACUUGACAGUUAAAUGUAUAAAACCAUCAUUCCAUAUAAGUAAUGGAAUCGAUAUUUGUUACAAAAUCGUCACGUUAUAUGGUCGACACGUAACGAAAGCGGCAUAGCGUCAUUCCCGGUCAGUUGUGAUGGACUUAAACAAACGGCGGUUGAAUCGACAUGUGCUAUAUUAUACUUGAUGUAUUCUAAAUGUGAUUUAUGUAAGCUUAUGUAAAAUUUGAGAUUUAUUUUUCAUAUUUUAAGUAAUAAGUAAUGGAAACCGAAACUGUUAAAAGGAAAAUGUAUGUUUUAAAAUUUUUACUUUCUAUUUAAUGCAGGCGUUUAAAUGAGGAAAAAUGUUCAAGUGAUGAUUGAACUAAUACAAAUAUAAAUAACUGUAAAGGUAACUAUUCUGCGCACUCUAUUGCUCAGGGAUUUCAAGUUACCUUUUGGACUGUAUUUUAUGUAAUAGCAUUGAGCUUAGCGAGUAAGUGUAAUAGUAGGCGCACACCGUUGCUUUUUAGUUGGCCGAUAGUUGUGCCCGAUUUUAAAUUGUAUGAAGAAUCGGCCAAAUCGAAUCGGCGUAGUGUGCGCACUCCCAUACGCCCAUACUGAUCAACUGCCCGACUAAACUAUCGGCCGACGAAAAAUCAACGGUGUGCGCCUACUCUUAGAAAUGAUAAUCUUUUAAUCAUAACGUUGAGUUUAUUUGAUAAAAAGCUUUGUUCCGAAUUUCUUAAGUACAGGGUCACAAUUUUAUUUUUCUACGUUAUUUUGGUAGACUUACUUUUGGUAUUUGUGUAGUUCAGUAAAAUACAACUAGAUCAAAACUGUUGCAACUCGAAAACGCGUUAAAUAUUAAGUUAAGAACUGGUCAAUUUAACAUACUUGUACGUACAUAUCGUUAUUAGCAAAGUCAAAAUUUCAAAAGUUAUCGUAAGACAAAAAAUACUAGUUUCUUUUGUAUUGUUUGGCGGUUCCAACCUCGGAGUCCGAUUUAAUGAGUCGCUUCUUUCUUUCGCCUGAAAUAAUGAAACGUGCCUUUUUCGUAUCGCGGUAUAAUCUUGAAUGAACAUUUAAUUUAAGAUUUUCAAAAAUGUAUUUGAUUAGUUAGGAAUAUAAAAAACGCUUUUUGCAGAUUGUGAACAUGUUUGUAAUAUUAGUGGUCCAGUUUUGAUCGAGGCGGAGUCUCACAGGCUCGCAGUAUGAUAUGAUGCACCUCGGGCCGUCUGUGGUCUAGUCGAAACGUACACGUUUAAACGUAUUUAGGACUGACAAUAAAGACGUAAAUGUAGUGAAGACAAAA